ACUGGGCGGAGUCGACGGGUGCUUAUAAAGAAGAGAGCGGAGCGAGGUGACUUCACAACUAGACUUCAAGAUGGAGACCAAGACAAGUCUGUCCGUCUGUGUCGCCCUGUGCAUGUUUCUUCUUUCACUCCCAAAAUCAGAUGGAUGCUUGUUCGAUCACGACCCACCGACACUGAAGGAUGGCACUUGUCGAUCCUCUAUGACUGUGCGCGUGGAUCGAUCACAGACGGGCAAGAAUGUUCAAUGGACUGAACCGGAAGCAGAUGACGCAUGCCGUCCAGUCAGUAUCGAUAGAGAAGACACCUGCCAGCGUAAUGGUGGCUACUUCACUGUCUCCGAUUCCCCUUACCAUAUUAAGUACUCUGCAACCGACCGUUGUGGCAACAAACGGAAAACCCUUUGCUCGUUCACUAUCACAGUCAAGGAAUAAGACAAUCCAUACCGUCCACGCGUACCGCAAUGAAAUGGCGGCAAUCCAGCCUAUCUGCACAUCAGCGAUGGUUGCAUGAAGCAGACUGUACUGUGCCUGAAUCCUGGGACGAAAUACCAAAUUAACAAAACUAGACCUAUAUAUUAACAUUAAUUGACCACAGCUUGAGAUUUCAAAAAACAACAUCCUUAAAAAAUUUGUUGACUGUCGUUUCAAUUUUGACUUAUCCAUAAGUCUAUAGAAGUAACCUUAAAAAUCAACAUGCUUCAUCUUUUGAGAAAGCGUAAUGCCAAUGGGUUAAAAAUUCUUUUAAUCAGGAAAAAUGGAAGAAAUUCGAUUCAAUUCAGACUGUUUCAUAGAUAUAAGGCAUAGUAAUAUUUUUCGUAAUAUUUGGAUUACUCAUUUACUUACAUAGUUAUUAGAUUUAUGCUGGGUAAAGUAUGCCCCCUGUCAUGGAUGAUUGUGGCACUUUGUAGUGUGAGAUUUACGUUAGUAUAGGUUGAAAUCUGUCAUUUUUGUAAACUUCUGAAUGAAAAUAUAGACAUCGGUUCAGUACCAGUGACAACGCUGCAAACCUGCAAUUAAGCUAAACAUUAAGCUCUUUUGUGUAAUCAGUUUUGUAAACAUGUUAUUGAUAGACAAUGUUUAUCAGUUGAACACUGACGUUAGUGUGAUGGAGAUAGACAAUGGUUUGCCUUAAUAUGUUUAUAAAGUGAAAACGAGAUAUACACUCCAGGUGGCUUUGUUUUGUUUUCUUUGUACAGUUUUGUCAUUGGUUAUUAAUGUGUAGCUGUCUUUUCAUGUCUUAUUUUCAUUUCUGUAAACGGAAUAAUUUUUUAAAAACCCGAAAGUUAAUUGUCUUGAUUUUCCUGUAAACGCAUCAGGCCUGGUCUUAUGUAUGGGAAAUUGUCUGAAGAAAGCAACUAGGAAGGGGUUAACUUUCGCAGGUAUGAGCAGCCUGGUAGCAUCGCCGGCAUAUUGUAAAGCAUCUUUUCCACUAGCAGGCGCACAUGAGCUUUUGUAACAUCUUUAAAAUGUAAUUUUCCAAAGCCUUGUAAUAGACUUAAAGGUUAUCCAAAUUUGCAUGUAUUUCAUGACAAAGGUAUCUUGCUACGGGGAGUCGUAUUUUAAUUACAGUUUCAUGAAACCCAAGAGGGCGCCAUUGUAUUUGGGCCUUUUUCCAUUCAUCAGGGAGCAGUUGGAAUCAGAAAGUUCAAAGGGUAAUAUGAUGUUCAUGCAAGAGUACUGCAGUCUGUGAUAUCAGCUAUAAUAAAGUCUAUCAUGCAUGGCUAGGAGAGCGAAACUUUAAUAUCAUACUUACAAUGAUUGCAGUAAUUCUGGUUGGCCUGAUCGGUGGUAAUUAAAUUAAAGUUGAGAGUAUACAAGGUA